AUGGAUUUUGGCUUUAUCCGGAAGGAGUUCACUGAAAGAAUGAUAUUAAUCUUUCAAGCCCUGGAAGCUAUUUUACUGAGGACAGCCAGUGACCUCUCCCAUUUUUCUGUUGUGGGAACGAACAUAGUCAAAAGGUUGAUUCACAGCUACAUGAGAUUGGUCUAUGCUGCACUGUAUUCUGAAAAUCACAGGAUGAGCCGAGUGUGCCUUACCCUAUUGUCAGCAAUGGUGGCUCAGGGGCCAGAUACUGCAAGAGAUGUGUUUAGCCAUUUUGAUUUCAAUAAUAAAUUUCUGCCUGGAUUAGUGAAAAAAAGAGACAAGAAGGGGAGACCUGAUGUCCGUAUGGCCUAUAUUCAGUUUGCUCUCUCCUUUUUAAUAGCUGGUGACACUGCAGUUUUGAUACAAGUGCUGGAAUUAAAAGAUUUCAUCCUAGAUAUUUUUCGUUCUGGAAUAAAGGAAGACAAAGUUUCUACUGUCAAUCUUCUUCUCUCCACAUUGAAAACUAAGGUGGUUCAAAAUAAAAAUAUUACCAAAACCCAGAAAGUGCGCUUUUUCACUGCAGAGGUGUUGAAUCAUGUGGCUUCACUUUACCGGUGGAAUGGCAUUACUGAUGUCAGCUCUAAGGAUUUCAAGGUCUGGUAA